AUGAAAGAGAUUACAUUGCCCAAAUAUGACAACACAAGCUUUAUCCUCAUGACGGUAAGUGAUUUUCCUAAGCUCAUUGUUGAAGUUAGACAUGUCAAUAGAUGCAAGAAGCUCCCUAUUUCAGCCACCACAUCGCCUUCAGCUGCCAAGGAAUAUUUCCUCCAGGAAUUUUCUGAAGACUUGAAGUCAGUGCCUCUCAAGCCCAUGGUUGGAUCUCCCAUGAGGAUUCAUCUCAAGGAUGGUGCUGUUCCCUCCGCCCUUCACACCCCAAGACAGAUUCCUCUUACUUUCAGGGACCAGGUCAAGGAGGCACUUGACUCUAUGGUAUUCCAGGGAAUACUCAAGCCCACUGGAGAUGACCUUUCAGAAUGGUAUCACCCUCUUGUUGUCGUCGCCAAGGACAUCACAGGAGUAUGCAUCACCAUCGACCUAUCCAAGCUGAAUAGCCAAGUUUCCCGCCCAGCCCACCCUUCACCCACACCCUUCACUGCUACUCAUAAUGUGGACCCGAAAGCUUGGUUUUUCAUGACAGCUGAUGCCCUCUGUGGGUACUGGCAAACGGAACUUGCCAAAGAGGAUCAGCAUUUGACUACCUUUAUUACGCUGUAUGGUCGGUUCAAAUGCUGCAGAGGACGGAUGGGCUUUGCAGCUACCGGAGAUACAUUCUGCCUGUGGGGUGAUAUGGCCCUUCAAGGGGUCAAAACCUGUGUGAAGGUCGCCGAUGACAUCCUUCUCCAUGACAAGGAUUACCAGUCACACCUUUACCAUAUCCACAAGAUGCUCACCAGUUGCCACAAGUUUGAGAUUACCCUCAACAAACACACAAGUUUGUGGUUGCUGCACCUACCAUUAAGUUCUGCGGAUACAUGCUCUCAAGAAAAUGUCAGUGCCAUCAGGGAUUUCCCGACUCCAGCUAACCUGACCUACCUCAGAUCAUUCAUGGACCCGGUCAACCAAUUGGCAGAGUUCACCCCUGACAUUGUCGCUACAGCCCAACCUCUAUGCCCUCUGAUGAGUCCCAAGAGAACAUUUGUUUGGACCCCUGAUCAUGAUGACCAUGGUAGUGGACGCCUGCGUUUAGUUCAGUGUGGCUCUCGAUUCCUUACCGACACAGAGGCACGAUAUGCCACUAUUGAGCUCAAGAUGCUGGCCAUGGUCUGGAUACGGGACGAGCUCUAUGCUGAUGGUGACCUCGUUUUGCAUGAAGCAGGAGUUAUAGUUCCCGCCGCCCUCCACUGCCGCACAUUGUCCCACCUACAUGACAGUUAUCGGGGCGUGGAAUCCACUAAGCACCGGGCAAGACAGGCUGUCUUCUGGCUUGGUAUCAACUCAGACGUUGUCAACACAAUUGGAGCUUGUGAGUCAUGCCAGGUAUUGCAUCCAACCCAGCAACAGGAACCAUUAAUGAAUGAUGAGAACCCUAUGAGGGCCUUUGAGUCUGUCUCAGCAGAUUUCUUUGCAGUCACAGGAAAAGGCUACCUUGUCAUAUUUGACCAACUCUCAGGAUGGCCUGUUGUUGUCCUAUGCAAAGGUGAUACUACUGCUUCUAAUAUAAUCAGGAUCUUCUGCCACUACUUCUGGGAAGUUGAUGUACCUCUUCACCUCAGGACUGAUGGAGGACCAGUUCACCACCAAUGA